AUGUUAUUCAACAACUUCUUAAUGUUUUUGACGGCCCUUCUCGUUAUUACCUUUCAUUGGUACCAUCAACUCGGAUGGGAUCAAUCCCACCAUACCAUUCUCCUCCAAAGAUGUAAAUCCGUAGAAAUUGUUUCUCAAUGUGUUAUUGGUGGUUUGAAUCCCAACUAUAUGAAUGAAUCCCGACAGCUACAUGUAGGAUACGAAUUAUUUCAUCAAGGAUCAACGGAUACAGUUGGAUUACCUCAACACAUGCCAAUUGUUUUGACGGAGUAUCAGCUCAAUAAGACUCAUUUUGUGUUGGAAUGGAAGAGAGUAGAACCUUCGGGUUUCAUUAAUGUCGCAGAACGUUAUUCCUGGAAUGCUGCUGAAGGUCAUUUGAAAGUGAGAGUGUCCAUUAAUGGUUAUUUGACAUGGCUCGUAAAAUGGCUUGAGCUUUUUGAUUCCUUUCACUAUUGGAGAUUGAAUUCGUGCAUUGGACGUUCAUAA